UUCAUCAUCUUAAACAAUGAAUGAGAAUCCAGAGGCAGAGAUCUGGAAGACUCCAUUACAAAUACUGGGUUGUAUCCAAUGAGAUCAACCCAUUAGCAAGCAGACCUCUUCCAGUACAACAUAUGGAUCUGUCAAAUUGUACAAUUAAAGUUGCAGAUCUUCAAAGUAUUCUUGACAGGUGCCAGGAUCUACAGAACCUGAGCUUGGAAGGACUUGAGCUUUCCAACGAUACAAUGAAAAAUAUAGCACAGAACCCCAGCUUGGUGCGUCUAAACCUCUCUGGAUUCUCUGCAGAACCCUUGGAGGCAAUGCUGAACAGUUGUUCCAGAUUGGAAGAGCUAAACUUGGCCUGGUGUGACUUCACAGUUGAUCAUGUGAGAGCAGCAGUCAGUCACAUUCCUCCAAAAGUAAUACAGCUAAACCUCAGUGGAUACAGACAGAAUCUACUGAUGUCAGAUAUCAAAAUAUUAACUGAAAGGUGUACCAGUCUAGUCCAUUUAGAUUUAAGUGACAGUGUUAUGUUGAAGCCCGAGUGCUUUCAGUACUUCCACCACCUCACUUACGUUGAACACUUGGGUCUUAGUCGAUGCUAUCAGAUACCUCCUGCAGCCUUACUGCUUGUUAGACAAACUGCUGAUCAUUGCAGCAUUAAGCUAAGUGCACAGGCCCUCUACAGUCUAAACCGUUAG